AUGGGGAGAGGAAAGGUUCAAUUGAAGUUUAUAGAGAAUAAAAUUAAUAGGCAGGUGACUUUCUCAAAGAGGAGGACUGGUUUGCUGAAGAAAGCUCAUGAAAUCUCUGUGCUGUGUGAUGCAGAAGUAGCUGUGAUUAUUUUCUCCAACAAAGGAAAGCUCAUUGAGUAUUCCACUGAUUCUUGCAUGGACAGGAUCCUAGAGCGAUAUGAAAGAUGUUCAUUUGCAGAGAAGAAAUUAGUUUCAAACGAUCCUGAGUCACCUGCAAACUGGACCCUAGAAUAUAACAAACUCAAGGCUAGAAUUGAGUUACUGCAGAGAGAGCAAAGGCAUUAUAUGGGAGAAGAUCUGGACUCUAUAAGCCUGAGAGAUCUUCAGAAUUUGGAGCAACAACUAGAAAUUGCUCUUAAGAAUAUUCGAUCUCGAAAAAAUCAACUAUGGUACGAAUCGAUAUCUGAACUGCAGCGAAAGGAGAAGGCAAUACAAGAACAGAACUAUAUGCUAGCAAAACAGAUAAAAGAAAAGGAGAAGGAAAUGGUACAGCAACCACCUUGGGAGCAGCAAAAUCAUGGCAAUAAUAUGCCCACAUUCUCAAUGGCAUCUCAACUUCCUUGCCUUAACAUCAGUGGCGCAUACGAAGAAGAAGCAACAGAAGAUGGAAGGAUUAAUGGUCUUGAUCUCAACAUGGAUUCACUCUACUCAUGUCAUCUUGGAUGCUUUCCAGCAUGA